AAAAACUCGUACAACACAAAUCAACCAUUUUGUUUCCAUUUCCAAUACCCUCACCAAUUUUCUCUCUUGCAUAUACUUUCUAGCCUCUCCAUUCAAUCCCUUGCACUUUGUUUUUCAGGGUCAUUCUGUUUUAUGUUUUCUGAAGAUGGGGCAGCAAACUUUGAUUUACAGUUUUGUAGCCCGUGGCACUGUGAUCCUUGCUGAGUAUACUGAAUUUAAGGGAAAUUUUCAAACAAUUGCAUCUCAGUGCCUUCAAAAGCUUCCUUCCUCCAAUAAUCGUUUCACCUACAAUUGUGAUGGCCACACUUUCAAUUACCUUGCUGACAAUGGCUUCACCUAUUGUGUGGUCGCAAUUGAAUCUGCUGGUAGACAACUUCCUAUUGCUUUCCUUGAGCGUGUCAAGGAUGAAUUCAGCAAAAAAUAUAGUGGAGGAAAAGCAUCAACUGCUUCAGCUAACAGUCUAAAUAGAGAAUUUGGGCCAAAAUUGAAACAACAAAUGCAAUAUUGUGUUGACCAUCCCGAAGAGAUCAACAAGCUUGCCAAAGUAAAGGCUCAAGUUGCUGAAGUUAAGGGCGUAAUGAUGGAAAACAUUGAAAAGGUUCUUGAUCGUGGAGAGAAGAUUGAAAUGCUAGUCGAUAAGACUGACAAUCUUCGCUCACAGGCACAGGAUUUCAGAACACAAGGAACAAAAAUGAAAAAGAAGAUGUGGAUUGAAAAUAUGAAGAUCAAAUUGAUUGUUUUUGGAAUCGCCUUAUUGUUGGUUUUCAUCCUUUUUAUGUCAAUAUGUCGUGGCUUCAGCUGCUUAGGCUAUUAACAAUUUUUCAGAUUUUGGACUUCAGUAGAAAAUAGUGGGGUUGGUGGU